CGCUGCUUGUGCACGUGAAUGUCUGACGCGUGCCUCUCUCAUCACUGCAGCCCUCGAUUACGAACGCCAAAUAAAACGAAGCUCAAAAUGAAAUUGCUGUUGGUGAGUCUGCUGGUGGCUUCCACCACGGUGGUGAGCGCUCUGCCUCACAGGGGAUUUGGUGGUGGACACCACGGUGGUGGCUUCGGCGGUGUACACGGCGGUGGAUUUGGUGGUGGCUUCGGCGGUGUACACGGCGGUGGAUUUGGUGGUGGCUUCGGCGGUGUACACGGCGGUGGAUUUGGUAGCGGGCAACACGUUGGUGGCUUCGGCGGUGGAUUUGGUGGCGGACACGGCGGUGGUGGUGGCUACGAUGGUGGAUUUGGUGGCGGACACGGUGGUGGUGGUGGCUUCGAUGAUUUUGCUGGUGGCUUCUGUUGCGUUUGUGAGCGCUCAGCCCCAGUUUGGUGGCAGAAGAAGAGGUGGAUUUGGUGGUGGACGUGGAGGUGGAUUCGGUGGUGGACACGGCGGAUUCGGUGGUGGACACGGCGGAUUUUCGGUGGUGGACACGGUGGAUUAGGUGGAGGUCACGGUGGAUUCGGUGGUGGACACGGUGGGGGACACGGUGGAUUUGGUGGUGGACACGGUGGUGGAUUUGGAGGACACCAUGGAGGACAUCAUGGACGUGAUACCGUAAUUGGAUUGGGCCCUCUAGGUCACGUCCACCUCAACGAAGCUGGCGCACAAAUUCAUCUUGGACGAUAAAAAAACCGAAAAGUGUUUUAUAUUUAUUGUGAUCAGUGCCAUAUUAAACCUAAUUAUGACAAAAGUAUAAUUGCAACCAGUGACAGUAGGUAAAUUCAAUCAAAUAAUGCUAGUUCGUUUUACUGGACCAUGACUUCUGUUCGGCAGACAUUACUCACAAUUCUACUUCGCGGAUCGAUUAAUUCACGGAUGCCAUUUCCUCCGGAUGCUACUAAUUAAAUUUUCGUAUUGAACAUUUUUUAGUAUAUUGUGGGUUUCGGUGACGACUUUUUCUGCUACACAAAUGGUAAUUACAUCACGACUGACGUUCAUAGUGGCUAAAUGGCAUUAAAGGGCUUAAUCUCGACAAAUUUCGAUUUAUCGAAGAUCCUUCCAGGUGACGCAUUCAUAAAUCUUGUUGGGAACAUGUCUUGCUUGGUGAGCAGCAUUAAAAAUAUUAAUUAUUUUCACAGAUUAGGUUUAAAAAGCCAUAAGUACUUGGCUCGAAAAAAGGACAAACUAAAGCAGUUAAAUUAAUCAGAAGCAAGUCUGAGAUCUCAUGAUACAUGUUUACUACGAAAUGGAAUUAAAAUCUUGAUCAUUUUUGUGAGAAGCACUUUUCAAAUAUUUUAGAGGCUAACGAGCGUUAUUGUUUUAAUUGUAAUGGGAGCUUUUUACAUUCAAACCCAAAAAAACUUUCUGAAUGUCGACGAGAAAACUGCAUUUUGUAUUAUUAAAAAAUUUGUGAAAGGCCCCAAAUGUGUUAAAUGCGAUCAAGUGAGCUGUGUUCAAGAGAACAGUGUGUUCAUAUUAUUGUUGUAGUAUGUCAUGGCAUUGUGUUCAUUGCUUAUUAACUGCUAAAAAACAUAAAUGUUUACUAAAUAACUACGUAGGAACGAAGAGUGAAUGCAAAAAUUCGCUGCAUUCAUUAAAAUGUCUUCGAAAAUAUGCGAGCAUAACCUUUGAAAGUGCUGGAUUUUCAAUGGAAGCCUGUAACAGAAGUAUAGGUAUACCGUAACUUACUAAUAAUUUCAGUUUGGGGAAGUUCACUCUUGUAGCCUUGCACGUUCAAGGACAUUUUUUUCUCUUUUUUUAUAAUCUUUUAUUUGUCCUUACUCAGAACAAGCUAUUCAUGUUGGGAGAACAUAGCCGGGAACAAUACUUUUAUUGCCUCCAACUGAUUUAUUUGCGUUACUUGCGACUGAUGAUAUACUGAAGGAAUUGUUUUGUUAAUAAAUUAUUCUCGUUUUUGACUUGUUAAGCCGGGAAUGGUGGCUUUGAAAACGUAGCAUGUCAUUUCUUAUUUGUACAAUUCAUUUGUAAUAUUUUUCUUUACAAUCGAAAUAGGAUAAUUAAAACAUUUGAAACUUAAUCAUUUAAAGGCAAUAAACUUCGUUUAAAUAUGA